UGCUUCAGUGAAACAUUUUUGAGUUCCUAGACCCAAGGGAAAAUGAGGAGCCCAUUUCAGUGUGCCAGCCUGGUCCUUAUCAUGUUUGGAACACUGAGCAUAUUCUCUGGGAUUUUUGCUUUCUUCCCAGUAUUUUCCUACAAGACUUGGUUCACUGGAUGGAGUACCCGGAUCGCUUGUCCCAUCUGGAAUGGAGCUCUGGUAAUUACCGUUGGCAUUCUUGUCCGCUGGGCUCACAAUAAGCAGACACAAAGAUCUUUGUGGGAAGCUAGUUUCACCUUUGCCAUCUUGAGUGUCAUCGGAUGUCCACUUCAAAUGACAAUUGCCAUAAAAUCUGCCCUUUUGGGGCCAUAUUGCUACUACUCAUUCUCAGGAUUUGCUGGAACCAAUUAUCUGGGUUAUGCAGUGACAUUUCCUUUUCCUUAUAUGAGAUACUCAUCAAUAUGUGUGGAUCCAUCCCACUAUGAAGAGUACCACCUGAUUCUACAAACCUUUGACCUAACUUCUGGUUUGGUCAUGCUCUGCACAUCUCUGGCUAUUCUGGUCAAGCUUUCUUCCAGGCUCUUCCAAUUUGAAGACUUAAAUGGUCAAAGGAAUGGAUGGUGAACUGGAGAUAGUGCUCAGUGGAAAUCCCUCUUAUUCCCUGGCAUCUGAAAACAUCUGUGAUUUGUGUGUUUUGAUCCCCAGCUAAUUUUUUUCCAAGCCUGGAAAAACCUUCCUCGGUGGGCUAUGUCAAUGUGAUGUCACAGCUGAAAUUCUUGCAUAAUUUCUUUGCCAGCAGGAAAUUGGAGAUCUGGACUGCCCCAGCCUAAAUGAUUCUCUCUCUCUCUGUGAUGGAAGAUUUUAUUGACCGUGGGGGUCAUCCCUAUGAUCACACCACCAAUACAAGUUCCCUGUGCCCUCUUGCAAUCGAAUUAAAGCAACAUUUUCUCCGUC